GAAGAGCAUGGCAGUUGCUGAAUGUCCAGACUACUUUGUGCUUCACCCGAAAUACCAGAUGGCUGUGUCAUCAUGUCAUGUGAUUUAAAACCUCUGAACAGUUGAGAGAUACAGCAAAAGGACAAUGUCGACCAUACUUCCUCUCAUAGAUCAGCCAGUCUUAUUCACUUUCGGCAGACCUCUAAUCCAAGCUCUCCUAUUCACCCAGAUAUGUACAUGAUGUCUUUCUGGAAUCAACCCUGAACUACAUCCAUCAGUCCCAGCACCGCACACGUCCUCAAUGAUUACUCGCACCUGUUACCCCUAAUUAGCACCUCUACAUAAGUCCCAUGUUUCAUGGUCAAGAUUUUGUUGAUUUAUAUUAAUGUUAUAGCGGCACAGAGUAAUCCAAAAUAGUGUUAUAGCAGCAGGAAGGCCACAAGGGAGCCCAGCACAGAUGAUGACGUCGAUCUAGAGGCUUUGGUGAAUGACAUGACCUCCCUAUCACCCUAUGAGGGCUUAUAUUCUUUUAAGACCCAGCACUCUGACACCGUCCCUCUCCUGCACAAUGGCCAAGACACUGGUGUCCAGAUUAACAGGAUCGCUAUGCUGCCAUAUCCGUCAAAUAGCCAAGUGAAGGCUGCUCACUCAUCUACACAGAAAACCUGCCAUUCGCAACCUGUCCACAUUCUGGCUGUUAGGAGGCUACAGCAAGAGGAGCAGCAGGUUCGCCCUUCAUCUCUGCCAGCAAUCCCCAACCCAUUCCCUGAGUUAUGCAGCCCAGCAGGUUCCCUGAUACUCGGUGCUGGUUCGAUGGCACAGCUAUCAGAUGUGCAUAUCAUCAAGGUCUUUAGUGAAGAUGGUGUUGGGAAGGUGGUGGAAGUUCCUGCCCAUAUGACAGCAAGGGAUGUGUGUCAGCUCCUGGUAUAUAAGAGCCACUGCCUGGAUGACAACUGCUGGACUUUAGUAGAGCAUCAUCCAUUGCUUGGACUAGAGAGGUCUUUGGAGGACCAUGAACUGGUGGUUCAGGUGCAGGCCUGCAUGUCUCCAGAGAGCAAGUUUCUCUUCAGGAAGAACUAUGCCAAGUACGAGUUCUUCAGAAACCCACUGAAUUUCUUCCCAGAAAAUAUGGUGGCAUGGUGUCAAGAAUCCAAUGGCACAAUCCCACCAUCUCAGCUUCUGCAGAAUUUCUUGAAUUCCAGCCGCUGCCCUGAGAUCCAGGGCUUUCUUUACAUGAAAGAGACGGGCCGCAAGUCCUGGAAGAAGCUUUACAUGUUCCUGCGCCGCUCUGGCCUCUACUACUCCACUAAAGGAAUAUCCAAGGAGCCCAGACAUCUGCAGUUGCUGUCAGAUCUGGAAGAGAACAGUGUGUUCACCAUGACGACAGGGAAGAAAGUGCACAACGCUCCCACAGAAUACCAGUUCUGCAUUAAGCCUACUAAAGGCAAAACAGAGUUGAAGGAUCUGAAGAUGCUCUGUGCUGAGGAUGAGCAGAGCAGAACCUGCUGGAUGACUGGCUUCAGAGUAUUCAAGUAUGGAAUUCUGCUCUAUCAGAACUACAAGAUCCCUCACCAAUCAGCAGUCUCCAACUUCACUACACCAGUGAGGAGUGUGUCAGAGAAUUCUCUAGUUGCCAUGGAUUUCUCUGGGAGGACAGGCCGUGUGAUUGACAACCCUGUGGAAGCAAUGAGUGCAGCAAUGGAGGAGGGACACACUUGGAGAAAACGAAGUCAGAGAAUGAAUGUAUCGGGCCACCCUAGUUCUCCGCAUCCAUCCUCUUUAAAUUCAGUGAUCCACCGAACACAGCUGUGGUUCCAUGGCCGCAUCAUGAGAGAGGAAUCCCACCGUAUGAUGAUGCAGCAGGGUCAGGUGGAUGGGUUGUUUCUUUUGCGGGAUAGUCAAAGCAACCCAAAAGCUUUUGUUCUCACUCUGUGCCAUCACCAGAAGGUCAGACACUUCCAGAUCUUGCCUUAUGAAGAGGACGGUCAAAUCUUCUUCAGCCUUGACGAUGGUUCCACCAAGUUCAUAGAUCUAAUCCACCUUGUAGAAUUCUACCAACUUAACAGAGGAGUCCUACCCUGCAAACUCAAACAUCCUUGCACUAUGGUGGCCUUAUGACCCUCCUCAUAUACUUUUGAUCGAACUGACACUACAUUCUUGCACCCAUGGCUGAGAACAAAGCAAAAGACCAACCCAGUUUCUCAGUGUCCCUCUUCCUUGAUAAGCUGACACUUUUGAUGUCUCAGACAUGAAGAACAUUUUAUGAUUCUUUUAUAUCUUGCCUCUGGGAUGGUUGCAGAACCAGCUGCUCACUUUGUCCAGUUAAUAUAACACUGCCAAUUUAUUUCUUGUUUUCCAACCCAGUGUUGGUCACUUCAAGAUUUCAUCCAAAAGAAGGCCUUGAUGUCAUCAUUGCAGAAGAUACUCUCACAACCAGAUUGUCACAUCUUUUCUUUUGCUUAUGCCUUGUGAUGUUACUUGAUAAACUUUGAUUGGUAUUUGUGGGAUUGCUGACAAUUUCAUACCUAGUAUUUUGCACUUUCAAGCUGAAAACGGGUGGCCCACUUUAUCAUUAAAAUGCCCCUGUCCUCAUUUUAUUCCCCCUCCUUCCCCUGGCUUCAUGGUGAGUAAACCUCAGUGGGGAAUUCCUGUGUGGUAAUAGGAUUAUUGUGCAAGACAGACUUUCACUGAGCCUUGUCGGAGCUUCCUAUUGACAAAAUUACAGCUGACAGGUGAUGCAACAAAUUAUGGAUCAGCAGACCUGAAAUACUGAUUAUCAUCUCAUCUGUUUUAUUGUACUCAGUCUUCACCAUGUCCUUGUUGCCUUAGAGACCUGAGUGCACUGGGAUAAAGCUGCAUUACAUUUUGUCAGUCUGAAGACAGAGGCAUUCCAAAGGGAAGUUCCACAUGUUGCACAUCUGGCUAGAUAACAAAUAAUUUGAGCCAUGCAUCUUUUUACUUGUAUUAGGGGGACAAAAAGUCAAUUUUAAUUGAAGUGCAAUAUUUUUAAGUUCAGUCUAUGGUGGAAUUAAGGAAACUUGACCCAGGCCCUGCGUGGCCACCUUAAAAACUUGACCCAUGCUCAAGUUGCUGAUUUUGACUACCCAGAGCACAAUCACUGAGUUCAAUGAUUUGCCCUCUUCUGGCUAUGUAGCAAGCUUUUAUUGUUAUUAUUAUUAUUAUUAUUAUUAUUAUUAUUAUUAUUAUUAUUAUUAUUAUUAUUAUUUCUACAAAAUCUUGUAUAGUUAUAAAUAAGAAUAACCUUUAUAUCAUUUUGCUGUCCUUGAGCCACGUGAACAUAUGAAAAGUGUUACAAGGCCCUAUUUGUAGCUUGAAUUAACAUGAGAUCUGAUCAUUUACAAAGCAGCAUUAAGUAAAUGACACAGAAUGCUUUAUGAUCAGUCAGACCAGGGGUGUCAAAAUUCCUACCCUGCAGCUUCUCUCAACACAUUGCAAUUUUUCCUUUUACCUGAUGGUGGCAAUAGACUGUGGUAAAAGAGUUAGCUUCUCUGACUACACCUGCAAAAUAACUUACUGAAUUAUGUUUAAUCAUACAGACAAAAAACUUAACAGAAGGGGUGCACAUGGUGCUUCUUCUAAACCAUAAGCAUACCUUUCCUGAAUCCUGAAUCAUUAAAAUUAUAUUCUGUAUAGGAGUUAUAAAUAAUAUUUUGGUGAUUGGCUUUCGAGAAUCCCCUUGAUGUGGACUAAUCUGGAAAAAUCCCCCUUUCAGAGUUAGAUGACCUCCAUCUCACCAUUUCAGCAGGUAGAAAUAAAAUCUGUGUUGUCUGUUUGCAUUACAUUGCACAGCCAUUGAUGACCAAUACUGCCAAAAAUCCACCACAAAUUAUUCAGUUGCCAGAAACAAGACCUGGAGUUGUUUAUGUUGCUGACUUACAGACUAUCAGUGAUGACACUCUUCUGCUUACUCCAGCGUGUUCACAGCUGGCAACAUUUUCCCUAGCUAGCUGGCAUAUUUGCAAAAUGAUGUGUGUGUGUUUGUUGGGGAAAAGGAAAUCUGAUUACAAUGUGUUUAAGUGCGAGACUGGAUGGUUCAUUAUCCAGAUUUUGAUACACAGCUGUCAAUUUACAUGUUAACGUAAGAUACAAAUGGAGCCAAAGAGAAAAUAUGCACAACACUCAAAGAAGAAUGUUUGCAUUGUCAGGAGUUCUGAGAGAAAUUAAAAGUCCUCUACAUCUGUGUGGCACAGUUUCAUGAGGAGAUCUGCUCCUGCACCUAGUUUUGAUGGAGAAGUAGUGCAAGCUUCAGACCUGUGAAUAUGCCACAGGAACAAUGCGGCAGAAUCCUCCAUGUCCUACACUGGCCCAGCUAUGACCACCUCCUACAGUUUGAUCAAACUCAUACAGCUGACUGUUAAACUGCUGUACACGCAUCUAAUAGAAGGUCGAACAUGUGAUCAAGAGAUGUACAGUCUUAUUGAUGUUAGUCCUAGUUUUCUAAUACACAGAAAAAAACAGGAGGUACACCAAGAAAUUUCUCAACAGAGUAGAAUAAUUGAGUCUGCGCUUAAUCUGUAUCUGGAAAAUCCCAGUGGCUAACCUUUCAGUGAUGAACUUGAAUAAUGUGUUUUAAAUAUACUCAAAAGUGGUGCCAUGCUGGUAAGGAAGUCAGAUUUUGGUCACAGAGUAGUAAGUAUGUAAUGUAUGGUCUACAGGGUGCAUCCUGUAGUCAAGCCUCCAUGAUCCCAAGCUGAUUAGAAUGUACAGUCAGACCAGACUGAGAUGUGAUCUCUGCAACGGGAGCCUGAAAAGCCAAUGGGGAUAAAAUUUUUAAAAUUUUCAAUCAGCUCAAAUACAGUACACAGUGGGUCUCCUGAAGAAUGGGCUCUACAGGUGACUUAUUGUGAAUCCUGUGUGCAUUUACAUGCAGUUCAAACAGCUUUAGUAGCAAUAUUUUGUGUGAAGCUUAAACACUAGAUCUAACACUGUAUUUAUUUACAUAUCUACAAAUAUGUAAAUGGGUUGGGCUCCCAAACAAAAUGAAGACUGACUUGUUAUAUGGAUGUUGUAUACUUUGCAUAUUCUUUCUCAGUGAUUUGUAUCAGUGUGCAUAUUAUUAUGAUAUUAUCUGUUCUCAUUUAUAUGUCACAAAAGCCUUUUUAUAAAACUAUAUUAUAUUAA